AGACAGAUUAUUAAUUUGACGUUUGGUGUUUUGUGUUGUGGAAUGGCCACCCAGUUUUACUAAUUUUUAUUGUUUGAUUUUUGCCAAAUUGCGCCUCUUAUUUCGCAGAAUACGCGUUGCCACGAUCCUGUAACAAUUGGAUAACUAAAUAUUUCGCUAAUUAUUAAAAUCAAUAACUACAUCAAAGAAACAUGUCGGCGGGACCGUACAACUAUUCCUACAUCUUCAAGUAUAUUAUUAUAGGGGACAUGGGAGUGGGCAAGUCCUGCCUUUUGCACCAAUUCACAGAGAAAAAAUUUAUGGCCGAUUGUCCACACACCAUAGGGGUAGAGUUUGGGACCAGGAUCAUUGAAGUUUCAGGACAGAAAAUCAAGUUACAAAUCUGGGACACUGCAGGACAAGAACGUUUCAGGGCUGUUACUAGGUCCUACUAUAGGGGAGCAGCCGGAGCUUUGAUGGUGUAUGACAUCACCAGGAGGUCCACCUAUAAUCACUUAAGCAGCUGGUUGACAGAUACAAGGAACUUGACUAAUCCUAGCACAGUGAUUUUCCUAAUUGGAAACAAGUGUGACCUUGAGGGUCAGAGGGAUGUUACUUAUGAGGAAGCUAGUAAAUUUGCAGAGGAGAAUGGACUGUUGUUUGUUGAAGCCAGUGCUAAAACUGGAGACAAUGUGGAGGAGGCGUUCCUAGAAACGGCUAAAAAGAUCUACCAAAGCAUACAAGAUGGCAGGUUAGACUUAAACGCAGCAGAGUCUGGGGUGCAACAUAAACCGUCCCAACCAGGACGCAACAAUUUGUCCAACGACCAACAGGCCAACAAGGACAACUGUGCAUGCUAGUUAUUUGCAAACUAGGUACAGAACACUUGGAAUCUCUGGGGUUUGGUUUAUGUUUUUUUUUUUGCAAUUAGGUAAUGUAUGGAGGGAGGGGGAUAAAGGAUUUAAAGUUUGAAAUAUUUCAAGUUAUUGCAAGCAUUCUUUGACUGUUUGCUUUUGUUUUAGGAUUUUAGGUCAAUGGAAUGUACCACAGUUAUUAAGGAUAUUAAGUGUUUUAUAAAAGUUACUUCUAAGUGUAUAACAUGAUAAAAAAUUACUAUAUCAUUAUGCUUUGUAUUAUUAAAGUGGCUGCAUUAGGUUAGGAGUCCACCUUGUUCUGUUUAUUUCCCCCAAUCAUAAUAAGCUCAGGCCAACCUCAAAUUAAUAUUUUUUAUUAUUCAUUCCAACAAUAAUUUUUCUUCUAAUUUAGGAAAAAAUCGGUUACAACGUUGUUUUAUAUCUUAGUUUGUAGGCAAGUAUGUUAAGCCAUAAAUUUAUUGUCAGUGUAGUCCAAACUAGUUUAUUCGCAAUCAUAACAAUUAGCAUUUGUAUCAGGACUUAAACGUGUUGAGGAUUUUAAGUGAAUAAAAAAAUUCACUAAUUUUAAUGAUGUAAUGACGCUUAUUGGAAGCACGCUUUCCCGUUCCGUUUCAUUGCAGCCUUAAUUUAGUGAUUAAUGUUUUGUAUGUGAUUUAUUUAUUAUAAAGAGCAAAAUAUUUGAUUAUUAAUAAUAUAAGCCUAAGAAAGUUA